AUGGAGGGGAGCAAGGGUAGUAACAAGACGCCCAGCUGGACGAGUUGCUGUUUCUCCUCCUUUGGAGGUCCUACCCAGUGGGUUGCUCGAGUUGAAGUAAGUAAGGUACACGUUUUGUUCGACUUGGAUACGCACGCCAUCCCCGUGGACUGCAAGCGAACUCCAUGUUGGACCUGGUUAAAUCCCCCCUCUCGCCCCGUUGGUAAAACAAACGCCCACCAGUGGUCAUGGUUCUACAACUUAGUGAGUGAAAUAUUUUCACACACAAACUUCCACGUCUUCCGCGGCCGAUCCUCAACGGAACUGUGCAAGACACUGGACCUUGAAGAC